CUGGACAGGUGUGAUGACACACGGAGGCAUUUGAAGCUCAACAGAGAAACGGGGACGAGCUUCAAACAAAGCAAGAAAAAGACCAGACCUGUUGUACAACAUGGUGUCCACUGGGUUCCAAAUGCUGGGAACGGCCCUGGGUAUCCUGGGAUGGAUCGGCGCCAUUGUCGUCUGUGCCAUUCCCAUGUGGAAAGUCACCGCCUUCAUCGGCAGCAACAUCAUCAUCGCGCAGACCACUUGGGAAGGCAUCUGGAUGACUUGUGUGGUCCAAAGCACGGGGCAGAUGCAGUGUGACGACUACGACUCCGUGCUUGAACUUAGCAGUGACUUCCAGGUAGCCCGAGCCCUGACGGUCAUCUCCAUCCUGGUGGGCAUCAUGGCCAUUCUGCUCACUGUGGCCGGGGGCAAAUGUACCAACUGUGUGGAGGAUCCGGUGUCCAAAGCCAAGGUAGGCGUGGCAUCUGGGGUCAUGUUCAUCAUUGCUGGUGUUCUCUGCCUGGUUCCUGUCUGCUGGAUGGCUCACACAAUCAUCAGUGAGUUUUACAACCCGCUGGUGGUCAAUGCGCAGAAGAGGGAGCUGGGCGAAGCGCUCUAUAUUGGCUGGGUGGCGUCUGCUCUCAUGCUGAUUGGUGGGGGGCUACUGUGCUACAACUGCCCCCGGAAAGACGAAGACUCUUACACAGCAAAGUAUAAAGCCACCCCCAGAUCUGAGGCAUCAGCCCCGAUUUCUGGAAAACACUACGUGUAAAUGUACUGGGAGGGAAAUUGACAUAGCGUGUACAUUUACACAUGCACUACUGCUUCAAGGAUGUGCAUUUAUAUUUCAGGAUUUUUUUAUUAUUUUUUUUAAUAAAGGCAAGAAAGACAACACC